AUGCAGAUCAUGGCCACGCACUGGAACUCUGAGAUGCUGCUGGGAUGCUCCACACUCUUCCUUCUGCUCCUGGGAGGGGCCCGAGCCUGUGGCUGGGUAGCAGUGGACUCACCCACCAUUCUCUUGGGAUCUACAGUCACGGCCUCUUGCACCAUCCAAAGCAACCGCUGCAGUGGCUUGGACGGUGAGGAAAUCCAGAUCACGUGGAGACUCGACAGCGAGUCCAUGUCAGGGAGCCAGCACAAGAGCGUUGAAGGAGCAGAAGUUUCCAAUCUCACCAUCAGCCAUUUCAACCGAACCAGGGCCAAGCUGUGGUGCUAUGUGGUGUGGAACGGCACCCCGCAGCGGAUAGGCAUGGCGGAGAUCCACGCAGGCUAUCCACCAUCGAAGCCUGAGAAUCUAACCUGUAUGAUGAACCUCAGUAAGAACACCCUGACGUGCCGCUGGGACCCCGGGCUGGACGGACACCUCCCAGCCAGAGUGACUCUGAAAAGCUCCAAGAGCAGAGGCCAGUGUGAAGUUUCCCAGGAGGCGAUCCCAGACUGUAUCCCACAAGGCGGCCAGAACUACUGCACCAUUCCUCGCAGGUCUCUCCAGCUGUACCAGAAAAUGGACAUCUGGGUGUCAGUCCAGAAUGCCCUGGGCACAGCUGAGUCUGAGCAUCUGUGCAUCGACCCCAUGGAUGUAGCCAAACUGGAUCCCCCUGUCCUAAAGAGCAUCCAGUCAGUCCCUUUCCAGACUGACUGCGUCUCCGUGGCCUGGGAAGUGGCUCCCACCAGCUCCCACAUAGAGCAGCAGUGUGAGCUCCGCUACAGGACCCAUGAGGACCCUGGAUGGACUCUGGUCCCCAACAUUGUCAGCCCCAACCUGAAGACUCAUCACUGCGGCUUCCUGUUUGGGACGGAUUAUCGCUUCCAGAUGCGCUGCAGGCGGGUCACAGCGAUGGGCUACUGGAGCGAGUGGAGCCCAGGGUGGAAUUUCAUCACCCACGAGAAAGCUCCUGCAGGGAAGCUGGACGUGUGGUGGACGAUGACGCCCGUGGACUCUGGGAAGAGAGCGGAGGUUCAGCUGCUGUGGAAGGCUCUGAAGCGGAACGAGAGGAAUGGCAGAAUCCUGGGGUACUGGGUCUCCCUGAAUCCCAGACGGAGAAAUGUGGAGCUCACAGCUGUCUGCAACACGACAGAGAGGCAGUGCCGUUUCUCUGUGCUGGCUGGGGUCAGGAGAGUUUAUCUCGCAGCCUAUAACUCGGCAGGCGAGUCUGCAGCAACAGAAGUUCUCUUCCUUGAGAAGAAAGGUCAGCCCCUGGCCAGGAUCCACACUUCCCCCUGUGAUGAGCACAGCCUCUGGGUGCACUGGGAGGCGCCCAGAGCCGCAGCCACUGGGUACAUACUUGAGUGGCGCCAAAUAUCCUUGCCGGGGCCAGCCAGCCGCAAUGGGAGCUGGCAGGUGGAGCGGAACAGGAGUGCCACCAAGGCACUAAUCCAAGAAAAUAUUGAGCCUUUCCAGCUGUACAAUAUCUCCGUGUACCCCUUGUAUGCGGACACGGUGGGGCUGCCCCUGCACACAGCAGCCUAUUCAAAAGAGAAGGCUCCAUCGCGUGCCCCUAAAUUCCGCCUCAAGAGCGUCAGCAAGUCCCAUGCCGAGCUCAGCUGGGACCCAGUCCCCAUUGAGAUGCAGAACGGCUUCAUCACGAACUACACCAUCUUCUGGGCCAGCACCGCCGGCGAUGAGCUCCGUGCCGUUGUGAACACCUCCUUCACCACCUUCACCAUCAGGGGCCUGCUGCCGUCAACGAUGUACAAAGUGCACAUAAUGGCGUCCACAGCAGCCGGCAGCACCAACAGCACAACCCUGACGCUGGUGACCCCGGCGCUGGAUGGGAAAGAAAUCCAGUAUCUCCUCCUGUUCUUUGGCUUCUUGUGUGUCUUGCUCGUCGUAUUCAUCGUCUGCUUCCUGAAGAAUCGGAGGAUGAAGAAUCAGUUCUGGCCCAGCGUCCCGGACCCAGCUAACAGCAGCCUGGGCAAGUGGGUGCCAGCCGACCUACAGCAGGAGACUCUCCAGACAGCCAGUGCGAGGGAGCCUGGCCUGGUGACCAUUUCUGACAUCACAGUGCUGGAAAAAGGAGCCGAGAAGAAAGCACCGUUCUGGGGGAAGAAGGACCCUGUCCCAGCAACUGCUGGCAGCUUCCCGACCCUCCCCAAAUCCUACAUCCACCCCAGCAGCUCCGGCCUGCCGAGUGGCAGCAGAGCUCCGGGAGAGGCGAGGCCGGGCUCCUACGUCAACGGUGCUGGGGCCGUCCAGUACGCCAAGGUAGUUGCAGAAGGCUACAGGGGCCAGCAGCAGCGCGUCCCAUCUCCCCUCUACAUCCGGUCCGACUCCACUCAGCCCCUGUUGAGCGAGUCGACGCCCAGCCCCAAGCCUUAUGAGAACCUGUGGUUCCACGGGGCCCCACAGGCGGGGCUGCACUGCCAGAGUUCCCAGGGGGAUGAGGCCUUCCUGGAGGAGCCGCUGAUCGACUUCCCCCUGCUGCAGGGUCUGAAAAUCGAGGGGGCCGAGGACCUGCAUGACUUCCAGAGAUUCUAG